AUGGAAGGUGGUUCGGCGCUGGAGCGGUACCUGGAGAGCUACGAGGGGCAGGAUGACCUCUCAAGUGGUCCUCAGCUCUUUACUCCCCUGACCCCUUAUGAUGUAGACCUCCCAAUUCAAACAGCUGAAGAUGUCUUGUUUGGGUCUCAGUUUCACCCCCCCAAAGAGCUCCCUCCAGACUUCUCCUCGGUGGAUCUCAGCUUUCUUCCAGAUAUUACCCAAGACAGCAGAGACCAAAACCUCUCUGAAGAUGGCCAGGAAAUGCAAAAGGAGUUUGGCUCAGUGUUGAGAAAUGAGGACAGUGGGAUCUGCACAGAUAAAAGCAGUUUGUCCUAUCCAGAUGUAACUCCAGCAUCUGAAGCAUCUGACCUGUGUCCUCCUCUGACACCAAUGACUCCUGUGACCCCAGUGAAUUCUGCAUCAGAAAGCUCUGGAAUAGUUCCUCAGUUGCAGAAUAUAGUGUCCACUGUAAACUUGGCUUGUAAACUAGACCUGAAGAACAUAGCUCUGCAUGCCAGGAAUGCAGAGUAUAACCCAAAGAGGUUUGCUGCUGUGAUCAUGAGAAUCAGGGAACCACGAACAACAGCCCUCAUCUUCAGUUCAGGCAAAAUGGUCUGCACAGGAGCAAAAAGCGAGGAGCAAUCGCGGCUGGCAGCCAGGAAAUACGCCCGGGUGGUGCAGAAGCUGGGGUUCCCUGCCAAGUUCUUGGACUUCAAGAUCCAGAAUAUGGUUGGGAGCUGUGAUGUCAGGUUCCCCAUCCGGCUGGAAGGGUUGGUUCUCACUCACCAGCAGUUCAGCAGCUACGAACCUGAGCUAUUCCCUGGCCUGAUUUAUAGGAUGGUCAAGCCAAGGAUAGUGCUGCUUAUUUUUGUCUCUGGAAAAGUUGUACUGACUGGAGCAAAAGAGCGUUCAGAGAUCUACGAGGCAUUUGAGAACAUCUACCCCAUCCUAAAAGGCUUCAAAAAAGCAUCCUGA